GUUUUGAGGCGGUCCAGUUGGUCGGCGGCGCUCCAGCCGAGCGUUCCCACGUGAAACAUGAACGGCUCGCAUUUCGAUUCGCGCCGCGCCUCGCCGCACUCGCGCGCACGAUAACAUCUGCAAAUCCGAUAUUUAGGCCGGCGAUAGCGAUACGGCAUUUCGUGAUCCGCGACGGUCGUACCAUGUGAUCGCUCCCUGCCCCUGGGAGCGAGGACUGAACAAAAAAGCCGCCCGCUAAUGUCUACCCCUCCCGGCCGCUACAAAAAAGGGAUAAAAAGGCUAUUCCUGGAAUGCGCACAUGUGGACGCCGGGUAAUCUUUGGUGCCAUUAUUGAGACUGCAGUUCACAAUGCCUCGGAGGAGCAAGUGGAUGCAUCUGGCGGCAGGAGUCGUGGCAGGAGUCACGCUGGGGAUGUUCUUUAAGCUCUGCCUGCGCUCUUCCUCGAGGACCACGCUGGAGACCUGUCCGGAGGCCAACAAAUACGUCGCUCCCGACCCAUUAGCGUUAAUAGACAUCAGACCUGAAGAGACAGUGCAAAAUUCUAAUAGGACUUUAGUGUUUGUGGGUGUGAUGACAGCGGAAAGAUAUUUAGGGACGAGAGCGAAAGCAGUGUACGAUACGUGGGCGCAGGAUCUUCCUGGGCGAAUAGCGUUCUUUAGUUCGGAAGUGUCGCGCGCGCCAGGUCUUCCCCUGGUGCCUUUGAAGACUGUAGACGAUAGUUACCCGCCACAGAAGAAGUCUUUCUUGAUGAUUUUGUACAUGUAUGAGAAAUACGGUGAUAGAUUCGAGUGGUUUAUGCGUGCAGACGAUGACGUUUAUGUGAGAGCUGAUAAGUUGGAGGAUUUCCUGCGUUCGGUGGACAGUCGGAAGGCGCAGUUUAUUGGGCAGGCUGGCAGGGGGACUGCUGCUGAAAGGAAUGUUUUGGCUUUGGACUACAAUGAGAACUUUUGCAUGGGCGGUCCUGGAGUGUUGUUCUCCCGAGAGACCUUGAGGAGAGUGGCUCCUCAUGUUAAGUACUGCCUGAAGCAUCUGUACACGACCCAUGAAGACGUGGAGCUGGGUCGUUGUGUUGCCAAGUUUGCCGGAGUUCCCUGUACAUGGAGCUAUGAUAUGCAAAUGAUACUGCACCACAACAGCAGCGGGGAGAAUGCUUACACAGGGCGGCUGAAGAAGAGGGAGGUGCACCGGGCCAUUACACUCCAUCCGGUGAAGAACUAUCGCCAUAUGUACCGUCUUCAUUCCUACUUUAAGAACCUUCGCAUCCAAGAGAUCAGAGAGCGCUCGGUAGACCUGCACCGCGACAUCGCCGCUUCAUUGAGGGAGCUGGCGGUGCCGGAGGACCAGGUAGAGGACUACAUGCUACCUGGAGGAAUCCCGCUGUUCCCGGCCAAGGUGGGAGACCGCGGGUAUCUGGGGAACAAUAAGAUAUUAGGUGCUCCCCUUGACAUGGACCGCUACAAGCCGAAGACUUUAGACGAAAUAGUGCCAUUCGAUUUCAUCAGCAGAUCCAUAUACUCCGUGAGCCACAACAACCCGAAGAGGAAGAUUGAGACACCUCUGAAAGAGUCCAUUGAUGAUGUCAUCAGAGAAGUGAUGGAGAUCAUCAACGUGCCGUCCCGCCAGCGCGGGCGCAUCAUCGACUUUAACGAGCUGCUGUACGGGUACACGCGGCUGCAGCCGCUGCAUGGCGUCGACCACGUCCUGGACUUGCUGCUGCGGUACAGGCGGUACCGGGGGAAGAAGAUGACGGCUGCGGUCAGGCGGCAUGCGUAUCUGCAGCAAACUUUCACAGGCAUGGAGAUUCGAGAACUUCCUAUGGGAGAACCACCAACAUUUGAGGAUCCAGAUAUACUUGGAAAAGGUGCCAACAUAAAGGAGAUUAUAAACGAAUACAAUGACUUUGACGAGACGAGCCAACAGCAAACAGGUUUCCUAGAUUUCGGGAAACGCAGCGUGAGAGAAGCACUCGAAAAUGGACUGAUGAAACUGCAGAACCUGCCAAAUGUACUGAAAUGGAAUACUGAAGAGUUCGAGGAAUAUACAGUGUAUGAUAGAAUGAUCUACUUCAUUCUCCCCUUACUGGGCAGACAAGAAAUAUUCUCAAGAUUCAUGAAGAAUUAUGAAGAUAUCGUCUUGAAAUCCAACGAGGCUGUGACACUUGUAGUAGUUUUAUAUCUAGAUGGCAAAAAUCCCCUAGAUUUUAGAAAGUCAAUGUCUUUAAUUAAUUAUUAUAAAGAAACGUACGGUAAAGAGAUCAGAGUGGUCAACAUGGGGUCGAAGACUUUCUCCCGAGGCGCGGCGCUAACUGAAGGACUCAAAAUGUGUUCUAGUGACGACCUAGUGUUCUUUAUUGAUGUAGAUAUGAUGUUUAACUAUAUAACUUUAAGGAGAAUUAGAAUAAAUACAAUAAAAUACAAUCAAGUGUACUUCCCGAUAGUGUUCAGUGAAUAUAACCCUGAAGUAGUGAAUGGCGAAGACUAUAAUAAGUUCAAGGAUGAAAAUGUUGUGUUAAAUAUGAAUUUAGGAAAAUACGUGGCAAGUUCAGAGUACGACGUUAAAAGUGAUAGAGAGAUAGCUAAUUUGAAGUACAGCAACGAUAUUAAUGAUGACUAUGGGUACUUCAGGCAAUAUGGUUUUGGUAUCCUCGCUGUAUACAAGCGUGAUUUGGAAAGGGUCGGAGGGUUUGAUUUGAAAAUAAAAGGUUGGGGUUUAGAAGACGUGCAGUUGUUUGAAACCUUUAUAAAAUCUAAUUUGACUGUGUACAGAGCCCCAGAUGAUAGUUUAGUGCACAUAUUCCAUUCUGUGGACUGUGAUAAGAAUUUGGUGAAGAGUCAGUUCAAAAUGUGUCUUGGAACUAAAGCGUCGACUUAUGGGAGUGAGAAGCAUAUGAUAUACUAUAUGUUGAAUCACCCGGAGGUGCUCUGGCCUGAAGAGGAGAAAGGUGCUAGCUAGUACAGAAUCCAAGUAGGUAGGUUUUGAAUUGUGCGAUGAGAUUUUAUCAAUUUUAUUGUUGACAAUACAUAUCAUGUUGUUGAAGUGUUGUGGAAAUUGAAUAUUUUUAAAUUUUUGAUAUUUUUGUACGAUUGUUUCGCAGUCCUUAUUUUAUAGCUCUCUUCCACACCUGAAGACCUCAAAAUUGUCUUGUAAGCCUCGAUUUUUUAGAAUUUAAAAUACUUCUGUAAAAUAAAAUAGCGGAGGAAGUCUUGAUAUUAUUCAAAAUGCUUUUAUUUUGUUAUAAAAUCGAUGUUUAAUCGCGAUGUGAUAAUAAUGCAUAAUGUAUUUAUUUUCUGAGCGUAUUUUAAGGUCAGUUAUGUUAUGUGACGCAUUUAGUAGUCUACUAAUAUUUGUUCCUAAGUUAAAUAGUAAAGUCGUGAAUGUACAAAAUUUACAAAAAAAUAUGUUGCCUUUCGCAGAAUUUUAUCUAAUAAUAAUUAUGAUAAUUGAGGAAUUCUAAUGGAAAAAAAUCAGUGAAUAUUGUUACAAUAAUUUGAAAUGUAAAUAGGUAUCAACAAGUGGUAAAUUUUAAUCAAAUUAUUUAAAUUAAUUAAAUAAAUCACAUUAUUUAUUGCGCUUGUCAGUUUUGUUUGGUCAUAGGUGCUAAAAAAAUUGUUGGUUUCUAAAUAAAUAAAAAACAUCGAUAAAUACUCAUUUUUUUUCAAAAUAGUAAGUAAUGGUUGUGAAUUAAUGAAAAUUAUUCCAUUAUCAAAAAUAUCUCUGUUGUGUACAUAAUGAGAUUGAAAUGAAAAGAAUGUGAAUUGAAAAUUACGAGAGAAAUAAUUAUAAUUUUAUUGCAGAAAAAAAAAUUGUUUUAUGAUAAUUCUAUGUAUUGGAUUCAGUAUUUUCAAUAGAAUAUAUU